GAAAACGUGGAGGCAACAGAGGUCCGAGAGAGGAAGCCGCGAAGUGCCCUGGAAAACCAAAGAAGUGUCUCGGAUCGAAAUCUCACAAGCGCCAGCAGCCGCCGUUUGCCGCAAGCGAGCAAAGCUUCAAACUCAAUUCACCCAACCCACAGCGGGACUCAGGUACCUGGUUUGUUGGAGUUCCUGAGCAGCAACAUCAAUAACCUCACCCCUCAAUGGACGUCAUUCGCUUCGCCUGCCUGCAGACAGAGUUUUUCAUCUCCUGCGAUGCGGUGAAGGGCAGAACUUGAUGGCUGGCCACGCUACGAGCCGUGUCUGCAUCGUUCCUUCACAGCUUCCCCCACACCAAGCAGCACCGGCCACACCUCCUGUCGAUGCAUUCUCUGCCGCCUCACCGUCCGUCAUCAUGAACCCCUCCGUCGACGCAGCGGUGAGCCGGACGUCAUGUACCGGUACCCCUCCCGUCGGUGGGUUCCACAUCCGGCCUCCGUUCCUCUAA